AUGCUCCAAGAAGCAUAUAAUGAAAGAUUUACUAAUAGUGAAGGUACAAUUUCAGCAUCUUUACCAAAUUCUCCCUCUUCAAAACAAUUUCACUCAUUUAAAUCUGUAAAACAAUUUCAAGAAGAGAUUAAUUUAGUCUCUUUGGAAUCCAAAUCACAAAAGAGUCAAGGAUCAUCAAAACAGUUGUCUAAAUAUCUAGUAUCUGCUAAAAAGUCAAAUAAAAAGAUUCAAAUUGAUGAAUUUAUAUAA